GUGGCUGCUCUUGAAGACAUGCUCCGGGAGCUGAAGAAGCAGCCCAGCAAGCCAGCCCCAGAACUGCUGAACGAGUAUUCGCGCAAAGUGGACUUCCUGAAGGGGCUUUUGGAAGCUGAAAAAUUGCCUUCCUCAACUGAAAAGGCUCUGGCAAAUCAGUUCCUGGCCCCUGGACGCACCCCUACAACAACUAAAGAGAGAACCCCAGCUACCAAAACAGUUCAUCUGCAAACAAAGGCUCGUUGCACAGGCAAAAUGAGGAGUGAGCUGCUUGGUACAGACCCCUUGGCUAUAGAUGAUUCUGAGGACUUAAACAUAAGGAAGCGGAAAGGCCUUGUAUCUGACGAGAAGCAGUCAGCAGUGGAGCUGGAUGCUAUGUUGCAGCAUCAUCAGGACAUGCAGGAGAAAUUAGCUGAGGAAAUGCUGAGUUUGGCUCGCAGUCUCAAAAACAACACUCUGGCUGCACAGAACGUGAUAAAACAAGAUAAUCAGACACUCUCACAUUCUCUCAGGAUGGCAGACCAGAACUUUGAGAAGCUGAAGGAUGAAUCUGACCGCCUGGAACAGCAUGCAAAGAAAUCAGUCAACUGGCUCUUAUGGAUAAUGUUAAUUGUAGUUUGCUUUAUUUUCAUCAGCAUGAUUCUCUUCAUUAGGAUUUUCCCCAAACUAAAAUGACUAUUACUUUUUUACU